AUGACUGGUUAUAGUACUGAUAUAAUUGAUGCAUUUGCACAUGUUCAGUCUUUUUUUUCUUUAGAGACGCUAGAUUCCCGACUUCAUCGUCCCACGAACCCUUCAAAGAGACAAUCGGUUAUCAAGAAAGCAAAUUCAAAGUCCAAAUGGUCCACAAUAGAAUUCAAGCUUUACAUAUUAGUAUUUCUUGUAGUUAUUCCAUUAAUGUUUAAAACAGCAAUGGAUGCUUCUAAUGAAACUAAUCCUAACUAUCCUAGGUAUGCACAUUUAUUGAGCCAAGGUUGGAUGUUCGGACGGAAAGUUGACAAUUCUGAUCUGCAAUAUCGGUUUUUCAGGGACAAUUUUCCUAUGUUAUGUGGGUUGAUUAUGAUACAUUUUGCUGUACGCAAGGUCGUGAGCUCUGCAUUGCAGAUUAACAAAAGAACGUACUUUGAUUGUGGCUUUGGGCUCUUUUUUUUAUUUGCUGCCCACGGUACGAAUUGUUUACGAAUCUUGAUUCAUAUUUCAAUAGCUUAUGCAAUUUCGAGGUACGUUCCUUCGACAAGGACUGCUAUAUGUCUUACUUGGAUAUACGGCUUACUGACGUUAUUUAUAAAUGAUAACUUCCGUGCUAUUCCAUUUGGUAUUAAUGCCAUUGACCAUGGUUUCAAGGGUAUUAUUGCCCGGUGGGAUGUUUUCUUUAAUUUCACUUUACUUAGAAUGUUAUCUUUUAACUUAGAUUAUUUGGAGAAAUUAAAGGAGAUUGAAAAUAACGAUAAAGAAGCUUCAAGACUUAAUUCGCAAAAGCUUACAGACCUUGACGACAGACAACGUCUUGAAGCUCCUUUACCUAUGUCAGACUAUAAUAUUGUGAACUAUAUUGCAUACAUCACGUAUGCUCCCUUAUUUAUUGCUGGCCCAAUCAUUACAUUUAAUGAUUUCAUCUACCAAUCAAAUUACCAACAAUUGUCGUCUGUUAAGGACUAUAAGAGAACAUUUGUCUAUUUUGUUAGAUUCUUAUUCUGUGUGCUUGUCAUGGAGAUCUUAUUGCAUUUUACCUACGUUGUUGCUGUAUCCAAGACAAAAGCCUGGGACGGAGAUACUCCCUUUCAGAUUUCCAUGCUAGGUAUGUUCAAUUUAAACAUAAUCUGGCUUAAAUUAUUGAUACCCUGGAGGUUGUUCCGUUUCUGGAGUUUGCUAGAUGGUAUUGAUCCGCCAGAAAAUAUGAUCAGAUGUAUGGACAACAACUAUUCUGCCUUGGCGUUUUGGAGAGCAUGGCACAGAUCUUUCAACAAGUGGGUUAUAAGGUAUAUCUAUGUUCCAUUAGGUGGAGGUGGUAAAUACCGUAUCUUAAACAGUUUAUGUGUAUUUAGUUUUGUUGCCAUCUGGCAUGACAUUGAAUUGAAAUUACUUAUGUGGGGCUGGCUCGUGGUCAUUUUCUUAUUACCAGAAAUUGGUUCUACAGUUUACUUUAAGAGGUACGAAAAUGAAUGGUGGUACAGGUAUUUAUGUAGUGUUGGAGCUGUUUUAAAUAUUUGGAUGAUGAUGCUUGCAAACUUAUUCGGAUUCUGUUUAGGUAAAGACGGUACUAUCGCAUUAUUACUGGAAAUGUUUAAUACUGUUUCUGGAUUCGAAUUUUUCAUUUUAUCACUGGCCGCUUUAUUUGUCGGUGUUCAAGUAAUGUAUGAAUUAAGAGAAUCAGAAAAAAGAAAAGGUGUCGACGUUAGGUGCUAA